GUUUCUCUGAAUCCAAAUAAAGCAUCAUCCUCCCAUAUGCUACCCAUCGCUCACUUGAACAAGAGGAAUGGCUAAUGGUUGCCCCACAUCUACCACAAGCUCCCUGCCCCUCUUCUUCCUUCUCUCUUGCCUGCUUAUCGGCCAUGCUCUCUGCAGCCAAGCCCACAAUGGCAGAACAUCAGAUGCUGAUUAUGUGGUGCAAUUUCCUCACCAAGAAUUGACUACUAAGCAUAUAAUUUUGCCGAAGGUCAUCAAGGGUCUAAACAAGGGCAUACUGUCAAAGUAUGCAAGGAGAAUGUUGAUCGGCUCAAUUGCUCCAAUAUGUACAUACAACGAGUGCAGGGGGUGUCGAUUCAAGUGUACUGCUGAGCAAGUCCCAGUGGAUGCAAAUGACCCCAUGAACAGUGCUUACCACUACAAGUGUGUUUGCCACAGGUGAUCUUCAAUGAGUAGGAGGAGCUGCUAUGUUAUGGUAUGUCCUGGAGAAUAGUAGUAUUUUUUUCCCCAUUCUUGGUUCUCCGUUCUCCCUCUUCGCUUCCUUCUAUUCUUUGUUUUCUCUGUUGAAAAGGGUUCCUUUUUUUUCAUUUCUAUUUUACAAGAGGCUAGCUAGUAGAGGACUGGAGCCUAGAGGAGCAUUUUGUACUUUAAAAUGCUUGUUCAGGUUAUGAACUAGUAAUUUUGUUAGUAAAUGGUUAUCAAUUUUGA